GCCUCCUGUCACUGCUCUCUAGUUCUCUGUGACAUUUCCAGACCUCACUCUCCUUAUGCUCUUGUGUUGUGUAGAUGCCCCCUACUUUUCUGCCUUUAGCCCUUUAUAACCAAACCUGUUGUUAGUAUGGCUGAUAAAAGUCGUUUGGCUAUGAGAAGAAAGGAAAAGGAGAAAAAAGAAGACCCUGAGCCAGUCAAAAAUGUGAAAGAAGUGAAAGAGGAAGGGGAGACGCCAGCAGAGAAUGGAGAGGCACCCCAGGAGAAUGGAGAAGCGGCUGAGAAUGGAGAGCCUCAAGUGGAGCCUAUGGAGCUGCCCCCUUUUGAGAUCAUCACAGGGGACCGGAUAGAUCCAUUUGUGUUCAAGUUUCAGUUCAAAAACGUGGAGUAUUCGUCUGGACGGAACAAGACAUUUCUGUGCUACCUGGUGGACCGGGGCAGUGCAGAGGGGCUGCUGAGGGGGUACCUGGAGGAUGAGCACGCAGGGUCCCACGCAGAGGAGGCCUUCUUCACACAGUGUCUACCUGACUAUGACCCUGCAGUCAAGUACACUAUCACCUGGUACAUGUCGUCCAGCCCAUGUGCCGCCUGUGCUGCUAAGAUCGCUGAGGUGCUCAAAACGAGGAAGAGUGUCAAGUUGAGUAUUUUUGCAGCCCGUCUUUUUGAGUGGGAGGAGCCAGAGAUCCAGGCCGGGCUGAAGACCCUGCACGCUGCUGGAUGUAAGCUGCGCAUGAUGAAGCCUCUGGACUUCUCUUACACCUGGGACACCUUUGUGGAGGGCGAUGAGCAGGCCUUUAAUCUGUGGGAAGACUGCAAGGACAACUAUGAGUACUAUCAGGACAAGCUGGCUGAUAUAUUGCAGUAGCAAGUCAUCAAGAUUUAUCAACAUUUUUUUUUUUCCUCCCUAGAAAGCUUUGUGUCCGGAUGUCAUGACAUUAAAAAAGGUCUAUAGUGUGAGCUGGAGGUAUCUGCUACUUACAGGCUGUUUUGGUCUGGUGAAUGGUUAUUAAUGGAUAAAACAGAAAAAGUAUGUAGUACAGUUUUUACAGCUUUUAAUAGUCGGACAAAACAUUGUGAAUAGCAUCUGUACAGCUAACCAUUCAAGGAUGUAGUAGCUCCAAUGACAGCACAAACCAAAAUGUAGUAAUAAAAGGAUUCAAACAGGUGAGGAUGAAACUAAACUUCAUUAGCGGGAUGCGCUCUGAAGGAGGAGUGACUUAGCACUGGGGGCAAGGGAAGGAGAGACUCAGAGCAUCAAACAUUAAACUAAUUACCCAUUUCAACACAUUGUUUUUGGUGACUAUAGCAAUUUCUAAACAAUAAAACGUAACGUUGUGUUCUAAAUAUAUUAUGUGUUAGCAGUUAACACAAGUAUUACAGCCCUUCUUUAACUUGAACAUGAA